AUGAGGACAUACUCAGGAAGAUAUCGCAGCGCGUGUGACGGCACAACGUUUCGCAUUCUCCCGUUGUCCGGUCGAAAGCCGGCCAUGGCUCCAUCAUGCGACGUGGCGGCUCUCUUCAUCAGUAGCGACGCGGCGAAGCGAAAGCGAAUGACGUUCUCGGACGCGUCUCAAACGAAAACGCGUUUCGACGACUUACCCGACGAGCUCGUCAGGUGCGUUCUCCAGCAUCUCGCGGCGCGAGCGCGCUCCCCCGCCGAUCUGAUCAACGCGUGGCUGACGUGUCGCCGCGUGUGCGCGCUCGGCUCCGAGCCGCACGUGCUGAGACGCGCGUCGCCCGCGGCCAUGGCGGUGUCGGCGCCGUCCUGGUCGGACGGCGCGCAUCGGUUCCUCAAACAGUGCGCCUCGGCGGGCAACCUGGACGCGUGCUACUCGCUCGGCAUGAUCCAACUCUACUGCCUCGCUGCUCUUCCAACACUUCCCCCGCCCCUCUUUCCCUCCUUCCUCUCCUUCCCCCCGUCCACCCCAUCCCCCCCACAGAUCCAAUUCUACUGCCUCGAGGACCGCCGCGGCGGCGCGACGCUGCUCGCGCGCGCCGCGCUCGGCGGGCACGCGCACGCGCUGCACUCGCUCUCCGUGAUCCACUUCAACGGCAGCAGCGGCACGCGCCUCGACCGCGACCUGCUCGCGGGCGUGCUGCUGUGCGCCAAGGCCGCGGCGCAAGGCCACGUGGAGGCGCUUCGGGAGUUAGGGCACUGCCUGCAGGACGGUGUCUCGUUCGGAAAACUGCUUGCUUGUGUCUCCCUUACGGUGCUCGUUUUCACACUAGUUGACUCCGCAAGUGGACAAGAGGCUCAGGGAACCGUGCUGCAGGCUGUUCCCGAAGCCUCGAAUUCGUCUUGGGAAACUGGAGGCGCAUCCGGCCUGCGACUGGUUGUGGGCCCACCGUCCUUUCUGCUCAAAGGACCAAUCGCGCUCAAGCUCGCCCUCUCCCCGUCGACGCAGCAGGUCGAGUGGACAUGGGUUCGCAGUAGCUUUACAACCAUACCUCCUCAGCUCCAGAUCGCACUCAUAGGGCCUGGCGUCGCUGCUCCUCUUGCAAACUUCACUGCUACAGAUGUCAAUCUCACCGUAUCUGGUGGGAAUUUCACGACAAGCCCUGAAGGGAACUUCACCUUCACUCCUCAAAACGCUUCAGUUUUGUUUGGGCGAGUUACGGGGAAAUAUUUUGGAAAAGAUGUAGACCUGAAGAACGUCAACGUGGACAUCCCCAGUAAUCAAAUCACAAAUGUCGCCGGUCAGAUAUCUGCAACUAAUACUUCUCUUCUGCUGAUGGCUGAUUCAGACCCUAUUGUCAGAAUCAGGGACGUGCUUCAAGCUGUUCAGGCAGGUUCCGGCCUCCUAGGCUUAGCGGGCAACUCAUUUUUACACUUCAGGCUCCAUGUUAACGCAACGGGGCCAUUAACUACACCUGCUUCAGCUCCUGCCCCAAGCCCAGCUCCUGUUCCAAGUCCAGCUCCUGCUCCUAGCCCAGUUCCUGCACCAAGCCCGGCCCCUGCUCCAUCCUCUGCGGUUUCACCUUCACCAUCGGUCUAG